AUGAGCACCCUUGUGUCAGAGAAGAAGACAGCAUCCGAGAUAAACGAUGAUGCUGAUAUCCAGUCCGGCCAAGUACAGUCGUUCAGCGAUAGCAACCUCCACAGGCGUGUGGGAAACCGUCAGAUCCAGCUCUUCGCCAUAGGCGGCAGCAUUGGUACCGCUCUUUUCGUCAGCAUCGGCAGCGGCUUGUUCAAGGGCGGUCCGGUCGGUCUCCUUCUGGCUUUUAUCUUCUACUCAGGGAUAAUGGGCCUCGUCAACAACUGCAUGGCUGAAAUGACUGUGCUCAUGCCGGUUAGCGGCGGGUUCGUGCGACUUGCAGGCAAGUGGGUAGAUGAAGCCUUGGGGUUUACAGCUGGGUUUAACUUCUUCUGCUACCAAGCCAUCUGUAUCCCAUUCGAGAUAACAGCACUGAAUGUGGUGCUGAAAUAUUGGAGGGAUGACAUUCCUGUCGAGGCUGUCUGUGCCGCUUGUAUUGUGGCUUAUGCCGCGAUAAAUGUCGCUGCGGUUAGAUACUACGGAGAAAUCGAGUUCUGGCUUUCAAGCGGGAAGGUCAUUUUAUUUCUAAUUCUAUUUUCCUUUACUUUUAUUACCAUGGCCGGCGGUAACCCUCAACGUGAUGCCUAUGGCUUCCGGUAUUGGGGAGAACCCGGCCCCUUCGCCGCAUGGGUCUCGACAGGGGACCUGGGUCGUUUCGAAGGCUUUCUCGCGGCUCUGUGGGUGGGAGUUCUUAUGAUUGUCGGUCCUGAAUACCUCUCGAUUAUCGCGGCCGAAGCCGAACGUCCUCGAACCUUUAUCAAGCAAGCAUAUAAGACCAUAUAUUGGCGCUUUGCAUUUUUCUUCGUUGCCGGAGCUCUGUGUGUAGGGAUUAUUAUACCCUCUGAUGAUCCCACUCUCCAGGCUUUCGUUGAGGGUACUGCCUCAGGAGGUGGCACAGCUGCAGCUUCGCCUUAUGUAAUCGCCAUGUCUAACCUUGGUGUUGAUGUGCUACCCCAUGUCACCAACGCCCUACUUCUCACAAGCAUCUUCUCAGCUGGGAAUACAUACGUUUUCUGUGCCACACGAAACCUCUAUGGCAUGGCUCUCGAGGGUCAAGCCCCCAAAUUCCUUACCCGCUGUACCAAGAAUGGUGUCCCGAUCUACUGCAUUGGGAUUGCUCUUCUCUUCGGCUUUCUUUCGUUUCUUCAAGCUUCAAAUUCAGGCUCAAAGGUCUUGGACUGGCUUAUCAAUCUCCUCAGUAGCGGAGGUCUCAUUAACUUCAUCAUCAUCUGCAUCACGUACAUUCGGUUCUACAGCGCAUGCAAGGCACAGGGAGUUGACCGCAAGACACUUCCCUAUAGAGGUUAUUUCCAACCGUACUCUGCUUGGAUCGCGCUUUUCUUUCUGGUUUUGAUUGCGCUCUCUGGUGGUUACAGGGUCUUUACUCCUGGAAACUUUACGUCUGAUGGAUUCUUAACUAGUUAUGCCAUGAUCUUGCUAGCUCCCAUCACCUAUCUCGGCUGGAAGCUGUUCGGACGAUCCGAGGUCAUCAAGGCAUUAGAAAUUGAUCUCAUUUGGCUGCGUCCAGAGAUUGAUGAUUACGAAUCCAGGCUUCCUAUUCUUUCGAACUCAUUUUGGUCGGACAUGCGAGGGCUUGUUCAGAGGACUCUGCAGCGAAAGACAAAUAAAGUUUAG